CAUGGCAGCCCUCUUGGUGCCCCGGAUACUCGAGUCGACUCUCAGUAACGGAGUCCACAGCAGCUGGGAGCGGUCGUACCUCUGGAUCAGGUUUGUAGUCGCUUCCGUCUUCUACUACUCCUACGACAACGUCCACACCGCGAUGCUGCGUUCUUCCUGUCAAGUACUUGUCGAGUAUACAAAGGUCCAGCUGAAGGUCCUGGAAGAAUGCGUCACCCUGAAUAACGCCGACCAGUCAUUGACGCCUUGUCGCGGAGACGACGUUCCAAAGCGCCUCGAGGCCGUUCGGAUGAACGUGUGCGAGAUACAACAGCUGAAGAACGCAGUCAACGACGUAUGGAACUGGCCACUGGUGAUAAACGGCGUCUUUGUCCUGCUGCUUCUCUGCACCUCUGUGUACUACCUCUGCAUGGAUGGGUUGGGCGACCGAGAAAAUUACGGCAGUUGGUUCUACGCUGCGUACACGACGUACGAGUUCGUCUCGCUUACCUUUCUCAGUCAGUCCCUGUCGAACAUGGGAAAGAAGAUCCAAGACGCAUGCAAGGUCACUCGCGGUGUGGACAACGACCGCUACAGGCGUCAAAUGCAGUGUCUUCGUGACUGCGUUGACUCGGAAGAUCUAAGCCUUAGAGGAGGCGACUUCUUCAAGCUCAAGGUGUCGCUGCUCGUAUCGAUGGCGGCUGCGAUCAUCACGUACACGGUGAUACUGCUUCAGACAGGCCGGAGUUCUUGGAGAGCAACGCAACAGAAACGUAUCCGGAUCCCCGCUUCAAAUACUACGGCAACGCAGAACCCUCAAGAGAUUUCGAACAUGACCUUCAAGGUCGACGGAUCUCGGAGGCCUUAACCUUACCGAAGGCGUUUACCGGAAUACCCGCGGAGAGAUUACCGGUGUAGACACGCGCAGCAGUGACGGUGGCGACACCAUGCGAGUCUAAAGCCCCCAAAACAUGGCCUCUGAGAUCAGGUGGCGCUCACUGUCGCCGAGCGCCGCAAUAUCCCGAAGGCCAUGUUAAGAACGUUAAGCGCAAUUUUCUAUUCCAUUCUGCUUAUCUGCUGGCUUAAAACGUGUCGGCAACAACUUAGUCUUCAUAACCAUGAUCUUUCCUUCUAAAG